AUGGACAGAUACGACCACUCUCACAUCCGCGUGGCGGCUCAAUUCCCACUUCCGGGACCAGUUCAUCUCGGCGGGGAGUCGCCGCGCUCGAGCCGCAGUCACGUCGAUCCAAUCGGGGCUAACGAGCAGGAGAGGGCGCCGGCCGGGUGGGGUGUGGCCUCGGGAGGCGGAGGGCGCUGCGAUUGGCCCUCGGCUGUGGCGACGGCGACGAUUGGCCCCUGCGUGCGGGGCGAGGUGAGCAGGGUGGCAGCCGUUGAAAUUCAAAAGUGGCGGGUGUGGCGCGGGGCUGGUCGGCGCCGGAGCCCGGAGCGCGCGUGCUCUGCGUCGCGAGCGGCCGAGAGAACGCGGGUCCCGGGAGCCCCGGCGCCCUCUCCUGCGUUGCGUUCCCUGGGCGUGUGUGACACGGAGCUGGACAUGGAGCCGCAGAGGUCUCCCUUGUUGGAAGUGAAGGGGAACACAGAGCUGAAGAGACCCCUGGUCAAGGCCCUUUCCCGGCUGCCUCUCCCAGGAAGCAGAUUUAAGAGGGGGCCUGACCAGAUGGAGGAUGCCUUGGAGCCUGAGAAGAAAAGGACACGAGGCCUGGGCACAGUGCCCAAAGUUGCCACGUCCCACCCCAGAGCAACAGUCCUCACCACAGUGCCACAGACACAAGGCCAGACUGCAGCGCCAAAAGUUCCCAAGAAGACAGGACCCCGAUGUUCCACCGCUAUUGCCACAGUGUUGAAGAAUCAGAAGUCAGGCCCUGCUGUUCCUGCCCAGAAGCCUGGCACAGCAGCUGCUCCUCCCAUGCUGGUGGGGAAGAAACCCAGCAAACGUCCGGCCUGGGACUUAAAGGGUCAGUUAUGUGACCUAAACGCAGAGCUGAAAUGCUACCGUGAGAGGACUCAGACAUUGGACCGAGAGAACCAACAGCUGCGGGACCAGCUCAGGGAGGCCCAGCAACAGGCCACGGCCCUGGGGGCAGAGCGCAGGACACUGGAAGGGGAGUUGGCCAGGGUCCAGGCCGAGGCUGAGCAGGGCCAACAGGAGCUGGGGAACCUGAGGGCCCGUGUCCUGGAGCUGGAAGAGCGGCUGGGCACGCAGGAAGCCCUGGUGCAAGAGCUCCAGAAAGAACAGUUGGGAUUGCAGGAGGAGCGGAGGGGACUGGCUGCCCGGCUGGAGGAGCAGGAGAGGAAGCUGCAGACAUCAGAAGCAGCUCUGUCAGGCAGCCAAGCAGAGGUGGCAUCUCUGCGGCAGGAGGCUGUGGCCCAGGCGGCCCUACUGGCUGAGCGGGGAGAACGUCUCCAUGGGCUAGAGAUGGAGCGCCGGCGACUACACAACCAGCUACAGGAACUCAAAGGCAACAUCCGAGUGUUCUGCCGGGUCCGCCCUGUCCUUCCAGGGGAAGCCACGCCACCCCCUGGCUUCCUUCUCUUUCCCUCCGGCCCUGGUGGGCUCUCUGAUCUUCCAACCCGCCUCAGCCUAUCCCGGUCUGAUGAGCGGCGUGGGACCCUGAGUGGGGCACCAGCCCCCCCCACCCGCCAUGACUUCUCCUUUGACCGGGUAUUCCCACCAGGGAGUGGACAGGACGAAGUGUUUGAGGAGAUUGCCAUGCUUGUCCAGUCAGCCCUGGAUGGCUACCCAGUAUGCAUCUUUGCCUACGGCCAGACAGGCAGCGGCAAGACCUUCACAAUGGAGGGGGGACCUGGGGGAGACCCCCAGGUGGAGGGGCUGAUCCCUCGGGCCCUGCGGCACCUCUUCUCCAUGGCUCAGGAGCUGAGUGGCCAGGGAUGGACCUACAGCUUUGUGGCAAGCUAUGUAGAGAUCUACAAUGAGACUGUCCGAGACCUGCUGGCCACUGGGACACGGAAGGGCCAGGGGGGUGAGUGUGAGAUUCGCCGGGCGGGGCCAGGGAGCGAGGAGCUUACUGUCACCAAUGCCCGAUAUGUUCCUGUCUCCUGUGAGAAAGAGGUGGAGGCCCUGCUCCAUCUGGCCCGCCAGAACCGGGCUGUAGCCCGCACAGCCCAGAACGAGCGGUCAUCACGCAGUCACAGUGUGUUCCAGCUGCAGAUCUCUGGGGAGCAUGCUGCACGAGGCCUGCAGUGCGGGGCCCCCCUCAGUCUUGUGGACCUGGCCGGGAGCGAGCGGCUAGACCCCGGCUUAGCCCUUGGCCCUGGGGAGCGGGAACGCCUUCGGGAAACACAGGCCAUUAACAGCAGCCUGUCCACGCUGGGGCUGGUCAUCAUGGCCUUGAGCAACAAGGAGUCCCACAUACCUUACCGGAACAGCAAGCUCACCUACUUGCUGCAGAACUCUCUGGGUGGCAGUGCUAAGAUGCUCAUGUUUGUGAACAUUUCCCCCCUAGAAGAGAAUGUCUCCGAGUCCCUCAACUCCCUACGCUUUGCCUCCAAGGUGAACCAGUGUGUUAUUGGUACUGCCCAGGCCAACAGGAAAUGAAGACAGAUCCAGAUCCUCUGUGGGGGGCGG